CUGUAAUGGUCGAUGACGUUGCUGUCGUUGCUAUGGUGACUGAACUGUUGACAUGGCGCCUACGGUUAGGGAACAACGCGCGUGUGUAUAAUAAACAGAAAAGUAACCUGCGUCGUUAGAGUCCUGCACGUCUUUGGAGUGUUUUUCUUGAAGUCUGUUUAUAGAGCCAGUCAGGAAUGGAGGUCGUGCUGCAAACUCCAAACACUUUCUCCGAAAAUGUGAAGAAAAAGAAAAUCCUACCUCUUAGACAACUGGUGGAGGAGACAACGAAGACCUCCAAAGCCUCUCAUCACCUUCUUGAAACUAGGAGUUUUACCAAGGUUAAGAGCAAUAACGUUGUUGAGGCUGAACCAUCAGAACUGCAUUUUAGUGGGUUUGAAGUGGGAAAGGACUACAAAAAGGUUGUGAAAUUGAUUAAUAUUUCUCCUGAGGUGAUCCAUGUCCAUAUUCUUCCUACCCAAACCAAGUACUUUCGAACUGAAUAUACACAAAAGAGUCGACUAAUUCCAGGACUUGCUCACACUAUUAAUGUACACUUCAGUCCAAAUGAGUGGCGGUACUUUUUUGACAGCAUCCGGAUUCACUGCAAGGGGGAGGAGAAUUUGCUGGUUCCUAUUCAUGCUUAUCCUGUCAUUGAUGAUCUUAAUAUUCCAUCUUACAUAAAACUGUUUCCUGUGCCAUUGGGACAUAGCUCCACUUAUGUGAUUCCUCUGAGCUGCAGUUGUCCAGUAGACUUUGAGUUCCAGGUGCACUGCUUGAAGUCUCACGAGGCGUUUGGCAUAUAUCCUUUGUCAGGAAUCAUCCCAGCCAAAGGGAAGACAGACUUAUCAGUGACAUUCACACCACAGCAAUAUGGAACAGCUGAAAUCACUCUACAGCUGGUCAUCUCUCAGUUCAACUCAAAACCCUUCAUCUGCACAUUAACUGCAUCCUGCUCUCCUAAUCUGACUCUAAACCAACAGAGAGAAAAUGAAGAGAAAGCUAAAACUGCCAAAGAUCUACAAAAAGAAGACGUUGUGUACCUUGUUGCUCCCAAACUAAAGACUAAGGUGACAUCAAGGAUAAAGAUGCACACUAAGAAGAAGAUAAAAUCAGACCCAUAUAAACAGAGCUCUGAUGUAGAUAUUUCCAACCAUGCUAAACUUGCUAAAAUGCUAAUUCAACACCAAGACAAAAUGAGCUACAAGGAUCUCAGAAAGGCCUUGCCCCAUACCAAGACUGCAUACCAGACAAGACAGAUGAGAGAGGCUGCAUUUGAAAAUCAAGUUCAAGUAAAUGCUCAAAAAGAUAGAGCUAAUCAUCUUCAAUGGCAGGUCCAACUAGGUGAUGAUUUAUUUUCAGCAGAACAGAAAAUAAAAAUUCUGAAGGAACAGGAAGUUGCAGCUGCUGAGUAUAUGAUGAACAAAGACAUGGGUGGCAGAGAGAUGGAUAUUGUGCAGAUUUUUCCAAAACUGUCAUCUCAUCGUGUUGUGCGUUGUGCAGGACAGCACCCUGAUUGCAGUCCUGUGUUCUACAUUUAUGGCAGUAGCCAACUGGAGGUCAGAUGGCGAGUGCUUAGGCUCUUCCAACAAACUGUUCGUAAGGUCAUUCUGCAAGUCCGUAUGAAUAAGAGGCUGCUUCUGUUGCGAGAACUGCUAGCUUCCAGUACAAAGAGGCAAGUCACAGGAGAAAAAAACAAAGGCAUAUAUGAAAAAAAACAACUUUUAAAUUUGUCAUCAGAAAAGCUGCUGCCCUUCAGAUCACCCAUCUUUCCUUCUACAAACCACCCUGAUGAACUUGCCAUUAACAAAAUUGGAAAUGUUCAUGUGGGGCUGAUGGAAGAAGAUUUGACUUGUACCAUUCCGUUUUUUAAUCUAAAGGUCCCUCAGCAUUACAAACUUAUGGGCUACCGGGAAGUUACUGUGUAUGAUUCCAAAGCCUCUUUUGCCCACAAAAAACAACGUAGGCUACUGCGCACAGGAGCACAGGAGAAGGACCAGCAGGAAGAGGAGAGACCAGAGCCAGACUACAACCCCGUGUUCUUUUUCAGGACUCCUCAUAAUGUGUUAAAUCCACAAAAUGCACACCCUCUCAGGAUCUUUAACCCUGCUCCAAGUGUGUGUGCCUUCAAACCAACCCCAUCAUACCUAGAGAGUGACCCAGAGUUCCAUCUGUGUCCACUGACAAGACAGACCAUCUGUAAAGACAACGUUGUGGAAGUCCAUACCAACAAAACUCAAAAGAAGUUUUUAGACAGAGAGGUGCAGGGGAACUUCGGCCUGGAGCAGAAGGAGGACGACUGCCUGAAACAUUGCUUGGCCCAGGGGCAUCAGAUAGAAGGGGUCGACCAGAGUCCGGACCAGAGACUCCCCUCAUCCUACUUUCUCGUCAGGGGAGGUCUGCUGUACCAACAGGCCAGCUGUAGAUUGGAAAGCGCGGUCCUCUUGGUAGUCCCCAAGACGAAGACACAAACACUGCACCUGGCCCACGCCCAUCCGCUCGGGGGCCACCUGGGGGCAUGAAAAACCCUGGAAAAGCUGAAGGACUGCUUUGUCUGGCCAGGGAUGGAUGCAGAGGUCCGGGGCUUCUGCCAACAGUGCCCCCAGUGCCCGCGCACUGCCCCAAGGAAGCCCCUGCUGGCGCCCCUCAUCUCUCUUCCCAUCAUAGGCGUCCCUUUCAAGAGGGUUGGCAUGGACCUCAUGGGGCCGCUCCCCAAAUCCGCCCGGGGCCACGAGUACAUACUUGUCAUCAUGGACUACGCCACCCAAUACCCCGAGGUGGUGCUGCUACGCAAAGCCACCUCCCAUAACAUUGCUAGAGAACUGGUGCUCCUGUUCAGCCGUGUGAGGAUACCGAAGGACAUUUUGACAGAUCAAGACGAGACCGAUGCAAGCGAAGACUCCACCCCCUGACGGCACCCACGGCGCUGCCUGACAGACAAAAGGGAUCCCCGCCACUCGGGACAACCCCAGCACGACCCUGGCAGCCCUGCAGACGACUGAGCACUCCAUC